AUGAGAGCCGUGGACCUCCAUUCAUCAUAUUUGAAGUCUGAAGAAGAACCAUUGUUUGAAAGGUCCAGAGUGGGUAUUGAAAUUGCCCAAAACUUCGGACCUGUAAGAGUUACAAACUGUGCUGAAAGGCCUUUAAUUCAAAAGCCGAAAUGUCAACCAGGAAUGAAGUCCACCUUUCCAAGUGGCUACUAUUUCAGUAAUACUUGGAAUCCUGCCUACUGCACCAUGACCACCUACAAGACUACAGAGGACUUUGUGAAGUGCCUACAGGGGAAGAAACUUUUCCUGAUCGGAGAUUCAACAUUACGACAGUUCAUCAUGCACUUCACGGAGGGCAUUAGCAUUGUAAAAUAUUUUCGUCAUCAUCAGACUGGAUGGAGCUCAUGGGAGAAGACACUUGAGGCUAUAAACAUGGAAAAAGAUAUCUAUAUAUCGUAUAAAAGGCAUGGGUUUCCCCUCGAGAGCUUUGAGUUCUACUACUUCAUGGAGGACAUGUACACGAGCCGCCAGAUUGACAGACAAGGAGGAGGAAAGGACACCAUCCUUGUCAUUACCAUGGGACAACACUUCCGACAGUUCCCUCUGAAAAUUUUUAUCAGACGGGCACUUAAUAUCCGCAGAGCUGUGGAACGCCUUUUCCUCCGGAGCCCAGAAACCAAGGUUAUCAUCAAAACGGAAAACACCAGAGAAAGAAAUGCUGCGCCAGAAAGAACUGGAGAUUUUAAUGGUUAUUCUCAAUACCUGGUGCUUAAAGAGGUUUUCCAAGGGGUCAAUGUGGGCUUCGUGGAUGCCUGGGACAUGACGGUUGCUUCAGCCACAGAGUCUGUUCAUCCUUCGGGGUAUACGUUUGAAAGUAUUAUGAGCCUGACAUUCAGUUUUGCUUGUUCAUGA